GAGGGAUAUCGUUAUAUAAAAAAGUAAUCAAAUGUCAUAAGCAUAAUAAAAGUUCAGCUUGAAUAAAAUGCUAGCACAUCACUUAAUUUUGAUAGCUUUGGAAAUGCAAACGUUUCUACGACUAACCAACGAUUCUACGACUCAAUAUUGAGCCGAGAUUUCAUACUUGCAUUGUACACACACUGGUUCCAACUGUUCCUGACUCUGACACAACCUACACCUUCUAGUACGAACAAAUAUAAAUAGAUAACAAAGAUACGUCUUAGAAAAUGAGGGGUCACUUGUCAUUGCUUCGAAUCAGUGUGGUCCUUCUGUUCAUGGGAUACGCAGCACAAGGAAUCGAUCACUCUCGUCCAGGGUCUCCCCGUUUGCGAAGGCUCAGUCAUCGUCUUUUCCCCCAGUUUCAGGCAUACAGACCAGACUGUACUUUCAGAAAUGGAUUUUACCCCAAUCUCGCAGACUGCCACACCUACUUCCUCUGUAGAAACGGGAGAGCAUAUCCGUUCAAGUGCCCAUUUCCGUCCCAGUUCUUUCCAGAAAAGAGGAUUUGUGUGUGGACGGGAAGCUUGAGCUGUCCUGCAGAGGAGAAGACGACUAAUUAUCCCGAUGAGAAUAAAACGACAAAUGUCUACAAUACGGACGAAGCGUCAGAAGAGGUGUUUCAAGCAAAGACACUCCCCUUGAACGAGGAGGGAGUACAGGAGGACAGUUACGCCAAGGGUAGUAAUGCUCAGACUGAGGAUACCGGUAAUUCGAAUUAUGAGGUCAUCACCACCCAAAGUUUGCCUGACUAUCACCCUCCUGAAGUCACUGAGACCUACUACAAAUCCAGGGCUUAUACAGUUUCCUCUCAUCUGCCCUCCACCACCACCUCAGCCUCUUCGUCGUCAUACUCAUCUCAAGAAGAGCAGUACUCUCAAGAUACCGCGACCACUUCUCCAGCCACUACCCCGAUUCACCACACGCUGCCUGCCAAUCCCUCCUCUUCAUCCGCCCGUGACACAGCCCCCGACACUUCCACGGUCCUAAAACUCUGGAUGACUCAUGCUUUCAUCUCCUCAUUCACUAAAUAUGUCGCGCCUCACACGUCCGAGGUCGCGCUGGGUGAGAAGGUCUACGCCCGCCUGGGAGAUCCCACCUACCUACCGAUCGGAGUAUCCUCCAUCCUUCAAAAUCUCCCCAUCCAAGAAGCCCAGCUCCUCGUGGAUUUCUGGUAUUUGCAAGGUCUCAUUCCGAAAACGGAACACACCGCAGAGUCGAAACUAUUAUCGUCAUCUUCCAAGUUUAUCAACACGAUUCGAGAACAUCUCGUAUUUCUAAACAGUGGUGAAGUCACAUACGGAAUUACGGGGAUUAUCCAACUCUCGUCGUCUAAAACUGGUAGCGACGCCCGGGUAACGAUGCUUCGUAGCUUUAAGAAAUUCAAACUUGAACCUGUUCCGGUCCUUGUGAGCUAUUCGAGAGGAGACGAGUGCAUCAUGUGGGGCCAAUUUUGCAAGACGCGACUAAUUCUCGACGAAUUGGACCAGGGAGAGACGGACGCACUCUUGAGCUACAUGCGGACCGAAGCAUUGACACAGUUUGCUGAGGAAAAUUUUGAUUUGGUAGAAAAGAUAAAAAAGGAGGCGAUCAGGAAUAUCAAGGGUUUGCCGAAAGAUGUGCAGGCAGCGGUGGGGAAGGUUAUCAGGUCAGGAGGUAAUAGACCGGAUCAAGUUUUGUCGGUCAGCCAUUUAAAUGGGGACACGUUGGGGUUGUAAUUGCCACAUCCUUAAUUAGAUUUAAAACGAAUAAUACGUAGCACUGUUAACAAACAUUAAAUUAUGCAUUAUGCAAAAAUUACCAAAAUUGAUUAUAUUUUAACUGCUAGAAGACAAUUAACUGGAUAACUCUAUACCUAGAUCAAAUGUUCAUAAAGUUUGUUGGGCGUGUACGUAAAUAAAAUGCUAUUCGUUUACUAUCCAAAAA